ACAGUCUGACUGUGACUAGCACGGUUGUGUCUACCCCGUUAGAGCCUGUUACAAGUCACAGCCAGCCCUCUUUGAGCUCCGCUGUAAACGCGGGCUAAAGUUAUCCCGGAAUAAGGACAGCACGCAUGUGCCGUCAACCCGGAUGUAGAUAUAUAAAUAUAUAUAUAUAUGAGCGUCCUUUCCACAAUGCUCUAAGUUGUGACAAAUUUCCCAUUGUGUUGGUAAGAUUUCCACAUUUUCGUAGCAGGUAUCAUGAUCCACAGCAAUCAUUUCCCGAAGAGCUGCACUUUUGAUUUACGAGAGUAAGUUAAAUGAUGGACUUUCGCGGGAAGAGGCAUGAAAGGGGCAGCAACUGGACCGACCCGGAGAUUGUGGAGCUGCUCCAGUUGUGGUCCAACGAGUCCGUCCAGCUUGAACUGGAGAGCUCGUUGCGUAACCAGCGGGUAUUUGACCGCAUAGCCCAUGUUUUGCGUGAAAAGGGCAUUUACCGCACAGGUGACCAGUGCAGGGAGAAGAUAAAGAAGAUGAAGCUGGAGUACCGACGCAUUAAAGACAACCAUAAAAUGAGGACGUGGAAGUUCUAUGAUGUUAUGGACAGAGUGCUGGCAAACCGUCCAGCCAUCACCUACUCAUCUCUGGGCGGAGCUGUCAUAGCUCAGCAGAUGUUUCAGAACACAGGGGGGUCUGAAUCAUAUGUGCAUGGAGCUCCAGCGGGCUCUUUCGGUCCCGUGUCCGCUGGUGGGUUUUUGUUCGGCCAGCCCCCUCAAACCGAAGAGCCACUCGGUAUAAAAUGUGAAGAUGUGGAGGAGAGCACGCUGAACUCUGGUGUUGCACCGCCUGAGAUGUACUAUGGCUCUGGAGAUGAGCAGGAGACAGAUGGACAGUCUGUGCUGGGUCCAGAGGACACACUGGGUCACACUGAGAGCUCAUCAAACGCAAGAAUCUCUCCUUCAGGUUUCAGUGACCUGAACAUUGCUGGAUCUUCGGCAGCUGCCAGUCAGGCCUUCGGUAGACCUCUGACACGCAACAUGUUCGAGCAGCCCGCUAAAGAGGGUUCCCAUCCCUCCACCUCUGCGAGACACAGGAAGCGCCGGCGGGGUGGUAAGACCUCCUGCAGUCAUGGGAGUGGUAGAUCUUGUCCCCAAGGGAGUUUGGAUAAAGCCCUGGUCAGUUUUCUGAAAUGGCAGCAGUCUGCCGAGGAGCGGCUCCUCUCCCUGGAGGAGGCGCGGAUGGAGCGGGAGCUGCGAGCCGAGGAGCGCAGAGAACAGCAGGAGGACAGGAGGGCGGAACAGGAGCGCCAGCACGAGCUCCGCCUGUUCAGUAUGCUCACGGGGGCGUUGUUCGCUGCCAGACAAGGCGCUUCAUCCACAACACCGGCUGAUCCCUCCGUCUCAACCUCGGCUCAUCUGUCAGCCUCACUGAUGACCACAGCCGCCCCCUCUGUCUCAUCAUCUUUAUCUCAGCCUCCUGCAGAGGCUCCCACGGUGCAGGCUGUCUCCACUCAGGAGACGCUAAAGUCACAGACCACAUCUGUCAUGGCCCGCCAAAUGUCACAGAAUGUUUUUUCACAACUGAGAGGUGCAGAGACUCCUGGCCACAGUGUGUACCUGUCCAACCGCGGCAAUAGCAUCCGACAGCAUCAGGGCAUUCUCCAGGAAGGCUUUGCCCAGUAUGGAAUGGACAGACACCAUGACACAGACAAUCCAGAUGGUGUACUAAACCUGGGCACCAGUGAGAACAAGCUAUGUUUUGACCUCCUCCAUACAAGGCUGACCAAACCUGACAUGCUUCAUGUUGACCCCUCCCUGCUGCAGUAUUCAGACUGGACGGGACACACUUUCCUGAGAGAGGAAGUGGCAAAGUUCCUGACUCGCUACUGCUGCUCUCCAAAGCCCCUGGAAGCUGACAAUGUCGUGGUGAUGAAUGGCUGUGGUUCCCUCUUCUCAUGUAUCGCCGCCGUAAUUUGCGAUCCUAAAGAUGCCAUUCUCAUCCCUACUCCUUUCUAUGGUGUGAUCACUGAGGAUCUGCAUUUGUAUAGUGAUGUGAAACUCUUCCACAUUCCCCUUGAUUGUGAGGCAGAUUCUAAAGACAGCCGACCCUUUCAGCUAACUGUAAGAAAACUAGAAGAAGGUCUACAAAGGGCUAAGCAAGAGGGUUUUAACAUUCGAGCAGUUAUUCUGAUGAACCCCCACAAUCCCCUUGCUGAAGUCUACACUCUGAAGGAAAUGAUUGCCUACUUGGAGUUUGCCAAAAGAAAUGAGCUCCAUGCCAUUGUGGAUGAAGUGUACAUGCUGACAGUCUUUGACGAAUCUGCCACCUUUCAAAGUGUCCUCAGCACAGAUAGUUUGCCCGACCCACAGAGGACGCAUGUGAUGUGGGGGCUGAGCAAGGACUUUGCAAUGGCAGGAAUCAGAGUAGGCACUCUGUAUAGUGAGAACAGAGACCUUGUGGAGGCUUUGGCCAAGCUAGGCUCCUUCCACGGUCUCCCUGGAACAUCCCAACACCAAGUGGCACAACUGCUACAUGACACAGAAUGGAUCAGCAAUGAGUUUCUGCCAGAGAACAGACGCAGACUGAAAGCUGCUCACAGCUACAUGACAGCAGAACUUCGUACUUUAGGUAUCCCCUUCCUGGACAGGCCGGCUGCACUGUAUGUUUGGGCUGACCUCAGAAAGUACCUCCGAGAAUCAUCGUUUGAGGGGGAGCUGUCUCUGUGGAGGCGUUUCCUCAAGCACAAAGUGGUGUUGAGCUGUGGCCAGGCAUUCUCCUGCUCCACACCCGGAUGGUUCCGAAUUGUGUUUGCAGACCAACGUUGCCACCUUGAGCUCGGCCUAAGACGAAUUCGGGAGGCUUUGAAGGAAAGUGAGGAAAAAAUGACCAGCCCUGAUACGCAGUCCAGCAAUGGAGCUGUCGAGAAGUGCAAAAAAUCACUAAAAGAGGACAGUACUGAGUCAGACAAUGCUGCCAUUGUGAAUUCAACAUCAUCACCCUGGAGCAAGUCGUCAGAGCAGCUGAAUGAGAGGGAUAACCCUGUUCCUGACACACACUCAGUUGCCACUGAGGAGUUUGUUUUGCUGGACUGCCAAACAUCCAAGCCCACAGAGGGUCUGGACUCGCUUAUUGGCACUUUACGGCAGCAGAUCCGUGUUGCUACAAAGAGCCAAAAAUGGGACUUUGUAAGUCACGGUGGAGAAUUCACGGGGAAAUUUCACCUCCACUCUGGGGGAGUUUCCAUUACAGCAGAGGGGGAGUUAACGGCAACUCUCCUUGCUCCUGACAUUUCUCCUUCCUUAUUGCUAAAAGUGGCGAACAAAUGAAGUUCAUUGAGUUUGGAGACUCCAUCAGUCGCUUCAGGUUCUCUCAGUGCUGUUUGGGAUUAGCAGGUUGCCUCUGUGUGUGUUAUGCUGUCUUGACACCCUUCUGGCUCAACGACAGAGGACUGUGGACAAAAUGGAACAACAACAGAAGUGACCAGAAAAAUAGUAAAGAUGAUGUUGUCUUCAAUGCGCUGGAAGCAGAGAGAGUGUUUGGAGUUAUUUCUUUCCUGAUGGCUGUGAGCACCGGUGCGCUGUGUCUGCUGUUUGCCCUCUGUUGGACAUCUCAGACAGUCCGCUCCUACUCCAACACCCGAUCUCUCCUCAUGUCAGGACAGGCUCUUUACCCCACCACACUACUGCUGCUCACCAUGGCCUCUACAGGUUUCUUCUUCCUCCUAAGCUGGUCUUUUUUCACCUAUCAGCACCGGGAGGAAAUUCAGCAGGACCUCUCCAGCCUUGGUUCCUCUUACUGGCUGGGAGCUUUGGGCUGGAUUCUGCUGUUGGUGGUGGAGUCAGUAGUCUUUAUUGCUGAACAAGCUGUUGUUCCAGACAUCUUGCCUGACUUGGAGAAAGCAGUGGAGUCUUGGAGGACCACCUCUAAACUUGAAGCUGCUCAACGCUCUUUCAGUGUUGGGUAUUCAUCUUCUGACCACAAAAGCUCUAAAGUUCCAAAGCGGUACAUGUCAGUACCUUGAAAGGAGUUGAUAAGUAAGACAGUUACAGAGAAGCUCAAAAGCACUUGCUCGGAUGAACCGUGUUUACUGAUGGAACUGGGUAUCUCUACAUCCUACAUCAGUAGGCCUGAACUCAUCAGCCUCCUACAGGGCUGACAGUUGUCAUUUCCCAGUAUGUUUUCAACUGUAACUGGUACAUAAAGAUACACUAAGUUAAACUACUUUUGACUGGAAUUCCAGGCACCAGAUAGAAGACCACAGAUCCCUGGUGUUUGUUGUUGAGUUUUGCUCCAUGAGCUGGAACAGAUCCAGAUGUUGUGGGGCUCCAGCUAAAAAAAAAUGUGAGUAAAAUGUGAAUAAACUAUUUCUGUUGGUGCAACAAAUACAUUUUUGCUCAAAUACAGGGGAAAAUCUAGGUAAAUGUUGACUAGGUUGACUUUACAGUAUGGCAUACUAUGAAUUAUGUACUGUAAAUACCUGUUGUUCUUACUCUAAUAUAACUGUGUGACCAUGAUUUUCAUUUGG